GGGGGACAGCGGAGGGACGGAGCCAAGCGCUGCGCAGUCGGACGCUGACUGGGGAGCGAGCGGGCGACGCAGGGUUUGCAGCGCGGAGCUAAAGCAGAGCCAACAGGGAGCUCCAGGACCGGCGGGAUGGGGUCGGCCUGCAUCAAAGUCACCAAAUACUUUCUCUUCCUCUUCAACUUGCUGUUCUUUAUCCUGGGCGCGGUGAUCCUGGGCUUUGGGGUGUGGAUCCUGGCCGACAGGAGCAGUUUCAUCUCUGUCCUGCAAACCUCCUCCAGCUCACUCAGCACGGGGGCCUACAUCUUCAUUGGUGUCGGGGCAGUCACCAUGCUCAUGGGCUUCCUGGGCUGCAUCGGCGCCGUCAACGAGGUCCGCUGCCUGCUAGGGCUGUACUUUGCCUUCCUCCUCGUCAUCCUCAUCGUCCAGGUGGCUGCUGGGGUCCUCUUCUACCUCAACAUGGGCAAGCUGAAGCAGGAGAUGGGCAGCAUCGUGACCGAGCUCAUCCGGAACUACAACAGCAGCCACCCGGACAGCCUGCAGGAGGCCUGGGACUACGUGCAGGCCCAGGUGAAGUGCUGCGGCUGGGGCAGCCUCUACAACUGGACGGACAACGCCGAGCUCAUGAAUCGCAUGGAGGUCACCUACCCCUGCUCCUGCGAAGACAAGGGGCAGGAGGAGGACAGCCUCUCGCUGAGGAAGGGCUUCUGCGAGGCAGCCAGCAACAGCACCCAGAGCGGUAACAGCCCCGAGGACUGGCCUGUGUACGAGGAGGGCUGCAUGGAGAAGGUGCAGGCGUGGCUGCAGGAGAACCUGGGCGUCAUCCUCGGCGUGUGUGGGGGCGUUGCUGUCAUCGAGCUCCUGGGGAUGCUGCUGUCCAUCUGCUUGUGCCGGCACGUCCAUUCCGAAGACUACAGCAAGGUCCCCAAGUACUGAGGCGGCUGCUGCCCCACCUCCCCCUGUCCCCCAACCUCAGGGCUCCCAGGGUCUCCCUGGCCCCUGCUCCAGGCCCGCCUCCCACCUCGCUGCCGAGGCCCCUCGCCCGCCUGUGCUGACGGGACGUGGGGGGCGUUCUGGGGCCUGGCCUCCAUCCCCGACUUUCUGCUGCCGGCCUCGACUCCUGGCUGCUCUGCGGCCCCUCCGCCCGCUGCUUGCCGGGGUUCUCUCUGCAACUCAGAGAAGAUGCUCCUGCGGCGUCCGUGCGCAGGUGGGCUGGACUUGACCUGCCCUCGAGGCCACGUAUAUCGUAUAGGGGAACGUGUAUUAAAAAUUGGGGGGGGUAUCAGGGGACUACCCACUGGGUGGGUCAACUUUUCCCACUAUGACACUUAUGUCUGUUUUUUCACAUUUUUAUCGAAGGUAGUGGGACGGGGUGGGCUCCACCUGACAUUGGGGGCAGCAGCCCUUCCCUAGGCCGACGCGGCCCCAUCCAGGCAGCUCAGAUCAUCCGGGGCCGAAGGGAGUCUGCCCGGGCGAGGGCACCUGGCCUGGCCCCGGGGGUGUGGCACAGAGCUGGCCCCGCAUUCUCCAUGAUCCCGAGCUCUCCAAGGAAGGGGAGGAGGAGGGUGCCUUCUCCUGGGAGAAACGGGCUGGCCUAUCUCAGCAAAUUGUCCUCUGCCCCUGGGCGGUGGGUGGGUGAGGCUGUGCCUUGUUGGGGGGAGAGGGAGGGGAUCUGUGUGCACAGUUCUGUAAAACAUAUUCAGGAUUCUAAGACUGACAAUUAAAGAGGAUUUGUAAC